GGAAGAUUUUGUCUUGCUCGAAAAAUCGAAAAUAUAGUCUCAUCAACAAGAAAAUACUACUCCAUCAUAUAAUAAAGUACAUUUAGGUCUCUACCUAGAGUCAGUAGUGAUUUUAUGGUACUUAUUUAAGCGGCUUUUCUGUUUAGAACGUUACGCGUUGGUGGCAUUGCUGUCUAUACUCUGGAACAUGGAUUUUCAGUCAAAGAUUUCUAAACCUAUAGAUAAAGUUCAAGUGGAAGGGAAGGUGUUCUUAAAAAUGAUCAAGCACUAUGAAGAAGAAUCUGUUUCUAGCCAAAAUUUUGUCAAUGGUGUAUUGUUAGGGCUUGCACAAGGCAGUCAACUUGAAAUCACUAAUUGCUUCCCAUUGCCUAAGACUCAAGAAGAUGAUCCAAAUGCCAACGAGGCUCUGGUCAAUUAUGAAGCUAAUAUGAUACGUAAUUUGAGACAACUACAAACGGAUUAUCUCAAUGUAGGAUUUUAUCAAGCUGGUCCUGGAGGCGUCUCAAUUAACCGUGCUAACAUUGAAAAUAUUUAUCAACGCCAAAUUAAUCUUCCUGAAUCUGUGUUGCUCACUUAUGACCCAACAAGAACUAGCAGAGGUCAAAUUGGUCUGAAAGCGUAUCGUCUAUCUGACGAUGUUCUUGCCGCAAGAUCCGAAGCAGAAGAUCGUUUUCGUCUGAUGGGCCAUAAGGGUCCCGAGGUCCCAUGGGAAUGUGAAGCGGCAAGCAGUGUAGGUCGCAGCAGUUUCACUCGUGUUCUGGAAGAGAUACCUGUUGUGAUUCAUAAUUCUCAUCUCGUAAACAUUCUUUUGACUGAAAUCGUCGAUAAUCAAGAACUGUCGCGAUCAGAGCUUUCUACAAAUUCAUCAAUGCUAGAUCUGGCCCCACCGCUUCCAAAAGACCAUCCUGGUCGUUAUUCUACUCUCAAUUUAAGCAUGGCCUCUAGUUUAGAACAACAACUACGUUCUCUUCUUGCGGGUUUAGAAACAGUGCAUGAUUACCAGUAUUCAUAUCAACGUAGUCUAUCAAAAUCUCAAACUACUGUAGCUGGCAAGACCACACCUGAAACACGUAACCGGGAGUUGGCUCCAAUCCGUUUAGAUACUGCGUUGGUUUCAGCUCAGCUUGAUUUCUACUGCAACAGUCUUGCUCAGAUGGCAGGUCAAACAAUAGGCAAAUUAAUGUUAACACAAGCUGUACAAAAAACAAGUUCAUCCGGAGCUCCUAAAUCUCAAAAAAUUUAAACGAUAUAAAGAUCUAAAUAACUUGUAUAACAUAAUAAACAAAAUGGUGUAUGUUAAUAUUUGUUUUAAUCUGUAUAAUUAUUUCUCAUGCGAUUUUGGUCAAAAACCUUGUCAUUUAUUUCACUGAUAGUUUUGUGAGUUCGUUUCUAAAUAAUCG